CCCAUCCCACCUAAUUCGCGACCAUCCUCUAACGUCCUAACACAACCACCACUGCAAUCCAUCUAACAUCCGACAACUCCUAGAAAAAUUUGUCUCCCGCGAAGCUUCCAGCCUCGCUCUCUUCCACUCCCACUUCCUUUCCUCCUCUCUCCCUCCACCGCUACAAUGGCGGAAUUCGUACGAGCCCAGAUCUUUGGGACCACCUUCGAGAUCACUUCCAGGUACGCGGGGUUCUCCCUACCCCUCUGCGGCGACCGCGCCUUCGGAGGCAACGCAACAAUGCUGAUACAGCGUCGCACAGAUAUUCCGACCUCCAACCCGUUGGAAUGGGCGCAUUUGGUCUGGUUUGGUAAGUACAAUCUCUCCAUUUUCUACCUGCUGGAUUCUGCUGUGCCUUUUCGGAGCUGACUCUUCGCUACCACGUCUAGCUCUGCCAAAGACAACCUCACCAACCAAAAUGUCGCGGUCAAGAAGAUCAUGAAACCCUUCAGUACUCCCGUUCUGUCGAAACGAACCUACCGAGAAUUGAAGUUGCUGAAGCAUCUGAAGCAUGAAAAUGUGCGUAAACUGGUUGGAAAGAUUACAUGUUCGGCAUGCUGAUUUGGUACAGGUUAUCUCGCUCAGCGAUAUUUUCAUCUCGCCUCUUGAGGAUAUGUAAGGAUCUGAAUACUUGGUGUCCGUGGAUAUUUUCUCACAACCUCUGCAGUUACUUUGUCACCGAGCUUCUGGGUACCGAUCUGCAUCGCCUUUUGACAUCUAGGCCUCUGGAGAAGCAGUUCAUCCAAUACUUCCUCUACCAGAUCCUGGUAAUGACCCACACACAUAUUCAAAUCACCAGCACUAAUCAAUUCUCCUAGCGUGGCCUGAAAUACGUUCACUCUGCAGGUGUCGUUCAUCGUGAUCUCAAGCCCAGCAAUAUCCUUGUCAAUGAGAAUUGCGACCUCAAAAUCUGCGAUUUUGGUCUCGCCCGUUUACAGGAUCCUCAGAUGACCGGUUACGUUUCUACGAGAUACUACAGAGCCCCUGAGAUUAUGCUUACAUGGCAGAAAUACGAUGUCGAAGUAGAUAUCUGGAGUGCCGGAUGUAUCUUUGCCGAGAUGUUGGAGGGCAAGCCUUUGUUCCCAGGAAAGGAUCACGUCAACCAAUUCUCCAUCAUUACCGAGUUAUUAGGUACUCCACCAGAUGAUGUGAUCCAAUCCAUUGCCAGCGAGAACGUAAGAUUUAAGCUAUCAAGUAAAAUAAUGGUGGCAUACUAAUGAGAAUUUAGACAUUGAGAUUCGUUCAAUCCCUUCCAAAGCGGGAAAGACAACCCUUGAAAGACAAAUUCAGAAAUGCUGAUCCUUCAGGUAUGUUAGGAGUUUUUCUCUUCUGGCAAGGCUAAUUAUCGUAGCAAUCGACCUCCUAGAAGAUAUGCUAGUAUUCGACCCUCGAAAGCGAGUCAAGGCUGCCGAUGCCCUCGCGCACGAAUAUCUCUCUCCAUACCACGACCCUACCGAUGAGCCAGCUGCGGAAGAGAAGUUUGAUUGGUCAUUUAAUGAUGCGGACCUACCGGUGGACACAUGGAAAAUCAUGAUGUACGAGCAACUUUACGAAUACCAACGAGAACAAGCCGCCGAAUCUUGAAAGCGGUAGUGUAAUUCCUCCCUGAUUUUUGCGAUACACUACAGCUUUCGAGGUUGGUGGGGGACGAUCGAAUGGGGUUUUUGCUUGGGAGAAAGAAAGUCUGACUGACUGGUUUUUGUUUUCUUUGCAGGUAUUCCGAAAUUCUUGACUACCAUCAUAUCGGUGAGGAUGGGCAGUCUACAGAACCUCAGCCUGAUACCAUGAUGGAACAAGAUCAAUAUGCGAAUGGUUAUUGAUUUGAAUAGAACGUUACUGCUACUGGUUUCGGCUGUCCUUUCAGAGGAUAACGUGAUGAUGAAGAACUUCACAAAACUACCGAGGAUUUCUCUGCAUGUCUACAAGGGGCAGGUACUAGAUGUGAAAUCGCUCUUGACUUGAUGGUAUGGUGACCAGAUACGAUAGCACAGAAUUGCGAAGGGGUUUGGAACUCGAAAAUGGCGGAAAGUGGGUUCACCAGGGAUUCUGAUACAAUUCUCACCACUUUACCUAACGAAUGCGGCUUACCUACCUACCUACAUUCUUCAGUCAUUCAUUGCGUACGGUUUCUUUUUCUUGCUCCCUCUUCUCUUCUUUUUCCUUGUUGACUGGCUUGGGCCUCUUUUUUGUAUGUGUGGGCGUUUGUGAUGCGAGGGAAAUGGUACAUACACUUGCAUGAUGGUUGAUGGUGGGGAAGUUGGUCAAGGGAGCAAAAGGAGAAUAUACACGGCAACGAAGGCAAAGCAAAGCA